AUGGACGUGGAAUCGAACGCACUACCCCUUAAGCCACCACUCGAGACCGAUCAGGAUGUGCAGGAUGCCACCGACCUGGCAGCCAUGGGCCAUGCCCAGGCACUCACACGCAAGUUUAACAUGUGGAGCAUGCUAGCUCUUGCGUUCUGUGUACUUGGAACCUAUUCUACUUUCGCCCAGGAUCUCAGCAGCGGUCUCACCAAUGGUGGACCGAUCACUAUUCUCUGGGGACUGGUGCUGGUCACAGCUUGUAAUAUGUGUGUUGCCCUCUCGCUGGGCGAGUUGACCAGCAGCAUGCCUACAGCCCUGGGCCAGGCCUACUGGGUCUAUCGACUUUGGAACACGCCGUGGGGGCGGUUCGUCUCGUAUAUGUGUGCCUGGAUCAACACCUUUGGAUGGUGGACCUUGACCGCAUCCCAGGUGGCAUUUAUGACCGAAUUUCUGCUGGGUAUGAAGACCAUGUUUAAUCCCAACUGGGAUGGUGCCGACAAGGGCUGGCUCAAUUUCGUUGUCUUUAUUGGCGUCGUCUUUCUCUUGACUCUCAUCAACGUCGUCAGCUGUCGCCGCGAACAGAUUCUGCCAUGGAUCAAUAACUUCGUCGGGGUUUGGUUCGCAGGUCUUUUCGUGGUCUUGUCGCUGGUGAUGUUAAUUUGUGUCGGUGUGAAGAGCGAUCUCACUUUCCAGCCGGGAUCCUUUGUCUUUGGCAAAUGGAUCAACCAGACUGGCUGGAGCGACGGCGUCGUCUGGUUCACGGGUCUGGUCCAGGCCGCGUAUGGGUUGACCGCGUUCGACUCGGUUAUUCACAUGGUUGAGGAAAUCCCAGCCCCGCGCAAGAACGCUCCUCGCGUGAUCUGGAUGGCGGUCCUCUUUGGCGCUAUUACCGGCUUCAUCUUCAUGGUGGUUUGUCUGUUCUGCAUCCAAAAUGUCGACAACGUCACCAACGCCGACCUUCCUUUCAUGGAGUUGAUCCUCGAGACCGUCGGCCUCAAGGGCGGCGCCACACUGAUCGCCUUAUUUAUCUUCAACGGCGUGGGCCAGGGCAUCAGUGUCCUGACCACCGCAUCCCGCUUGACCUGGGGCUUUGCUCGUGAUGGCGGUCUCCCCUGGAGCGUGUACUUCAGCCACGUCGACCCGGUGUGGCAAGUGCCCGCGCGAUCCCUUUGGGGCCAGGGUGUGCUCAUCGCCCUCGUCGGUAUCCUGUACCUGUUCGCCAACACGGUCCUAGAGGCCAUUUUGAGUGUCAGCACCAUUGCCCUGACCGUCUCUUACGCCAUGCCCAUCCUCGCCCUUCUUGUUGUUGGUCGCGACAAGCUUCCCGACGGUGGCUCUUUCCACCUUGGCAGAUGGGGUCCGUUUAUGAACUGGGUCAGUAUCGUCUACUGCAUCAUCACCACCAUUUUCUUCCUCUUCCCGGGUAGUCCCAACCCGGCCCCGAGUGACAUGAACUACGCAAUCGCUGUGUUUGGCGUCAUGCUGGUAAUUUCCCUCGCGUUCUGGUUCAUCAAGGGUAGCAAGACCUACCUCCAGACCGAGGAUGCGAUUGCCCAGAUGGUGUACGCGCAGCACUUGGAGAAUGCAGAGAUGUCUCAAGAUGUAGUGUCCUCUUCUGAGUCGCAGUAG